UAGUAUUUUCUUGUUUUAUAGUCAAUUAAUAUUUUUAUCAAAUUAAAAUUAAUGACUAAACUAUAAAGCUUUGUCGUUUAGAAAAUACAAUGAAGCCGGCUUCCAAACAGGCCGCAGUUAUGGGUCCAACAUAUACAUUUUUUGAAUCUUGUGUGUUCCUGAUGUUGUUUUCAUCAGCGAUGGGGGGUAACGGUGAUGUGUCGUCAUUUCAACUGUUGGCUCGACUAUCGUUUCCAACAGUUGAAACGAAACCGUACAACUUGCCCAGCGCAAAGGAGAUAGACCCGCGGCACAGUUACGCAGAUGAGAAAUUCGAGAGGCUGCAAGAGUAUUACAGUUACAUGAACAGCCGCAUCAAGGAGCCGCAUAACCCGAUAGAGCGACGUGAAAUUCUGGAGACGGCUCAGAAAAGACUGUUUACUUUUAUAGACACGCACAUAAAAGAUUUAAAGCGAUUGCUCUUCGAGACUGACAUGGCGCUAAUGUCUAUGGUACUUUUAAAACUUAACAAGAAAAUGGACACGUCCGAAGCUAAAAUAAAAUCAACACAAGCUAAAAUACCUUUCGGAUUAUAUGCCAGUCCAGGUCUUCUUCGCCCACAUACGGAUUCGACUGCGACGCGACUGGUGCGGAACGCGACGCGUGUUCUUGAGAAACGGGCGCGGCGCUGUACACUGGCGCGGUCGCGACGCGAGGCGCAGCGGUCCACUCGGGGACCUGCGCGGACACCGAAGGCGCAGCGGUCAUGUCGGGGACCUGCGCAACGCGAGGCGCAGCGGUCCAAUCGGGGACCUGCGCGGGCACCGAAGGCGCAGCGGUCACGUCGGAGACCUGCGCAACGCGAGGCGCAGCGGUCGUAUGGGAGACCUGCGCUUGAACCGACGCGGACGUAUGCACUAACACGGCGGGUGGAACUGCCGAGGUGUCUUCCUGUAACCACGUCUUGAUCCGGUGUGAAGACAGUUCCUCUUCGGCUUCAUCUUCCUCACUAUCGUCCGUUUCUAUUUGCAAUCUCUGUA